CUUAUUUUGACAUCUCUGUCGCCAACCUCUUCAUACUCUCUCAAAAUUGCCCAAAUUCAACAAUCCGCGCAAUGAGCCCUACGAAGCGACGAAGGCUUUCAGCAGAGGAGGACCGUGACGCAGAACUCUCGGACGGUGCAUCUUCAAAUGAACAAAACUUCGCGAACGCACGUCCAGACGCGCAUAGUUCUGAAAGCGAAGCUGAAACCGACGCCGAAAGCUUGUCUACGGAAGAAGAAAUUGCAGAGGCACAGAGACCCAUCAAAUCACAGAAGACGCAGAAACGAAAACGACGUGCUACUUCGCCCUCUCGAUUUGGUUCCACUCUGCAGGCGCUCUUAAAAACGGAUGCACCGACAAACCAGCCUCUCGCAUUAAAACCAUCGGUCGCGAAACGACGAACGGACGAAAUACUAGAAGGCAAGGCCAAAAAGCUUCUAGAAGGUGAAAAGAAGGAGAGAGAGGAGAAAAAUCAUAUACAAGACGUGAUCGGAGGUUGGGGAGCUGAGCGCGAAAGGUCCCUUAGGAAGGUCGCACAGAGGGGAGUGGUAAAGUUGUUCAACGCCAUUCAGCAAACUCAGGCUGCAGCAGUGGCCGCUCAAGAGGAGGUUAAGGCUGCACGAGGAUCGGGUAAACCUUCGCUGCCAACACCUGCUCUGGAUGCUAAGAUGAAAAAGAAAAGUACUAGCAUGCAGAGGCCCGAGAAAGCUUUAAACCAAGACGCAUUUCUCCAAAUGAUUAAGGCGGGCGGUGUGCCACCGGUGCAACAAAAAGUAAUUGUUCGCAAGGAAGAGUGGGAUAAGCGGCUGCAUGAGGUCCAGAUUUCGAAACAUGAUUUAAACCGGCUUGUAAUGGAUUACCUUGUCGUCGAGGGCUACAAAUCCGCGGCCGAGGAAUUCAGUAAGGAGGCAGAGGUGUCUCCUGAUGUUGACUUCCGGACAAUUGAAGACCGAACGGUCAUUCGAGAGGCGCUGCAGCGCGGCGACGUUGAAGAGGCAAUCAUGCGAGUCAAUGAACUAGAUCCAGAGAUUCUAGACACGCACCCCUCACUGUGGUUCCGCCUUCAGCAGCAGAGAUUGAUCGAGUAUAUCCGCCAAGGCCGCACGACCGAGGCGCUGCAGUUUGCCCAGGAGGAACUUGCGCCGCGAGGCCAAGAGAGGCCAGAAUUCUUACUAGAGCUAGAGCGCACGAUGGCGUUGCUUGCAUUUGAGUCGACGCCGUCUGUACCGCCCGCUAUCGCAGAACUGUUAUCGCCGGCGCAACGGUUGAAGACGGCCGGUGAGCUGAAUGCGGCAAUACUGGAGAACUUUAGUCACGGGAAGGAGGCGAAGCUUGUUGCAUUAAUAAAGCUUCUAUGCUGGGGCGAGGCGGCGCUCGAGGAGAAGGCCGAAUUCCCGAAGGUCGAUCUUCGCGAUGGAUUGUAUUCGGAAGGGCCGCGGUAGACAAGUUAUAUACGCUGCUCUUGUGGACCUGUGUCGCUCUGCUAGGGCCUGUUGUAAAAUAGAAAAAUAUGUAUACCAGUAAUGUACCGACAUAGCCAUAAAUGUCGAGGUGAAUAGAACUGUU